AUGGUCGCAGAUAUCUCCAAGGCGUCGUCUCCCAAGGAGGCUCCCACCGUCGAGGUCGCCAGACAUCCGGGCUCCUGCACGCCCUCGUUCGACAAGGAGUCUGGCCGCAGACCGGUCGCGGACGAUGCGGCCUUCGACACCACCGAAGACCCUCGCUACUACAAGCCCAUCCCGACCUACGAGGGCAUCCACCGUUGGGAUCCGGAUUUCGAGUGGGACGAGGAGGAGGAGAGGAAGAUCGUGCGCAAGAUCGACCUGCGCGUCUGCACAUUCGCGUGCUUCACCUUCUUCGGCCUGCAGCUGGACCGAGGAAACAAUGUCCAGGCCAAUUCCGACAACAUGCUCCAAGACCUGGGCAUGACCACCAACGACUAUAAUACCGGCCAGACCAUCUUCCUCGUCUGCUUCCUCUUCGCCGAGCUGCCGUCCCAGCUCAUCUCCAAGAAAGUCGGCCCCGACCGCUGGAUCCCCUUCCAGAUGAUCGCCUGGAGUCUGGUCGCCGCUUGCCAGGCCUUUCUGCAGAACAGAGGGGGCUAUUUCGCCUGUCGUGCCCUCCUCGGCCUUUUGGAGGGUGGCUUCAUCCCCGACACCAUCCUCUUCCUGUCCUACUUCUACAAAUCCAAGGAACUCCCGGUCCGCCUCGGCUUCUUCUGGACCUCCUACCAAAGUACCUCCAUUGUCGGCGCUUUCCUCGCCUUUGGCUUCCUGCACAUACGCAGGUCCGAUGGCACAGGCGGCUGGCGCUACCUCUUCGCCUACGAAGGCCUCAUCACCGGUAUCAUCGGCAUCAUCGCCGUCUUCUGGAUGCCCGCCUCCCCAACCCAGACCAAGGGCGGCCUCCGCGGCAAAAACGGCUGGUUCAACGAGCGCGAGGAGAAGAUCAUGGUCAACCGCGUUCUGCGUGACGAUCCCAGCAAGGGCACCAUGCACAACCGUCAGGCCCUGUCCCCGAAACUCUUCUGGCAGGCCAUCUGCGAUUACGAUAUGUGGCCCAUCUAUCUCCUCGGUCUCGUGUGGAAUAUCCCCAGUACCCCGGCCACCCAGUAUAUCACUUUGCAGCUCAAGUCGCUCGGCUUCACCACAUUCCAUACCAACCUGCUCACCAUCCCGGCCUAUGUCAUCUUCAUCAUCAACCUGCUUCUCUUUACCUGGUGCUCGGAGCGUUUCAAGCAGCGCCUCCUCCUCGGUGUGAUUGCAGAGGUCUGGUGUCUGGCUCUUUUAAUCGCGCUGGAAACGCUGCCGGAUCAUGCCGGUCAUUGGGUCAGAUGGGUUGUGCUGACUCUCUUGGUCGGCUCUCCGUAUGUGCAUGCUAUCAUCGUGGCCAUGACAUCGAGAAAUGCCGGGUCCGUUCGAACACGCACAGUGGCGUCGGCGCUCUACAACAUGAUGAUUCAGACUUCGAACAUUAUCGGAAAUAAUAUCUACCGCGAAAACGACAAACCCUACUACCGAACCGGAAACGCCGUUCUCAUUGCCCUAGCUGCUCUCAGCAUAGUCCUUUUCAUCGGAGCCAAGAUUUAUUACGUCUGGCGGAAUAGGAUAAACGCGAGCAAAUGGAACGCCAUGUCAACCGAGGAGAGAGAGGCAUAUCUGAGCGAGAAUAGGGAUAGGGGGAAUAAACGACUCGAUUUUAGAUUUAUCCACUAG